CAUAGGAUGAGAUUCGAUGACUUCUGCCAAAAGUUUGCGAAUAUCACGGUUUUGACACUGGGUCCCGACUUUGAUGGUGAUGGAGGUGCAGAUCCUGGCAGCUUGAAGGAGGUAAAAUGUCGGUGGGUGACUGGAUGCAAUGCAGGUGGAUGCAGAAAUAAUAUGAACAAGUACAGUUGUAACCCUCAAUACCCUAUAACCAUCACAAAAACAGAUGUUUAUAUAGGUGGUAAUGGAUACCAUGAAGAUGGGGCAUGUUCUAUUCUUAUCUGCUUAAUUCAGAAUUAUAAAAGGAUAAACAGGAAGCUUGGAAUCUCAAUGAAUCCCAUUGGAAUUCAGAUUUACCAGUCUUACAACCCCCAGAAAGUUCUAACUGCACAGCAUUUUACCCAUUGCACAGAAGUUUCAAAUUCAGGAGCCUACGUGGCCCAGAGAAGCAUAACUCUCCGCAGCAAACUUGUACCAGGACACUAUGUAAUCAUUCCAAGUACCUUUGCACCAGACACCAAUGGAGCAUUCAUGCUACGUAUUUUCACUGACACUACAAUUCAGUUUCAUGAGGGAUUUAAUCUUGUUGAAGGAGUGGAUUGAGCACCUAAAGCUGCUUAAAUGUGACAAGACCUAUACUAACAGGAAGAGAAAGAUGAGUGAUGUAGCCAACAUAGAUGUUUUAUCUACCAGUACAAUAGCUGUCACAAUGGUUCAGUCUUCUGUGUGUGGGCAAAGUAAUUAUAUUUGGGGGUUUAAACAGUCUCAGGUGCAAACAGGAUAAAAUACAUUAUCUUCCAAAAAAAUGUUAUGACCUAUCAAUUGCAUUUUUUUAGAUACUUUUCAAGAAUUUAACAUGACAUCUGAAUUUAAGUUACUUAUAGACAAACUUGCUUUUUAUAAAUACUAAUUCAAGUACUUAUUUAAAAUGAAUUAGUUGUCAUUUUUAAGUUAUGAUCAUGAUUUGAAUGCAUAGCCAGUAGCUGAACCUAUGUUAAUUUCUUAAUGGUUUUGGUGUGAACAUCUUGAUAUAUUCAAAAUAACAAACUAGUGAUCCCUUAUCUGACUUAGGAAAGCCAAUCCACAUUUUACUUUAGAAACUGCGUUGUCUUUGUCCUACUACCAUCCAUUUGUUGAUGCAUUAAGAACUAUUUUCUGAAUUAAGAACUGAAUAAUGAAUUUUUUCAAGGUCUAAACAGGACAUAAUAUCAUUAAGCCAUUGAGCAUGCGUGGGUGGGGCAACAUCCCUCCAUCUAAGGAGGAUUAAACGUCUAGCCAGGAGAGAAGCAAAAGAUAAUAUUCGACACUUAGUCGAACUCAGACGUAAAUCUGUCUCACCCAAAAAACCAAACAAAGCAAUUAAAGGGUUAGGUUCUAGGUGGUGAUUCAGAAUAUAAGAUAAAGUUAUGAAGACAUCUUUCCAAAGUUUCUCCAAUCUAGGACAGAACCAGUACAUAUGAAUAAGAGAGGCCUCGCCCCUUUUGCAUUUAUCACAAAGAGGACUCAUAUUAGGGUAAAAUCGAGAUUCAUUAUUCAGUUCUUAAUUCGGAUAUAAAGUUCCAUAAGGUCUGGGGACCUUUUAUUGAGUACUUUAAUAACCUUCCUCUUAACUAAGGUUUUUUGUUUCGGUCCCUUGCUUUCAGCUCUUUUUUUUGGUAGUAGGCAUUAUCAUCUUCUGUUUUUAAGUGUAUUUACAGUUUUGGGGGUUUGAAUGUCCUGAUUUAUACUCUCUAUAUUGUGUUGUGGUUGGUCUGGAGUUUUUUUUUGUUGCGGGGCUUGGGGUGGAUGCUAAUUUUACAUGUCUUCAAUUUGGGUGCUUUCUCAAUUAUCUUUUUUGUAUUAUAUUAUUAUUGUAUGUUUAUUUUUGCACUGUAUUAAUGUUCUUCAUUUUGAUUUGGGUUUUUUUUUCUAUCUGUAGCGAUGUAGAAAAUGCAUUAAAAAACUAAUUAAAAAAAAGAACCAUUUUCUAUCUAGACUUAAGUUCAUGAGAAUCUAAUCCAAAAUUCUGCUAACUCAUUUGAUCUAGAAUAAUAUUGUUAGUAUU